CAUUUUUUUAUUGGUGAAAUAUUUGAAAAUAGGAGGGGGUAACGUGAAAUGAAAUUUCAGAUAAGUGUUGGCAGAUUUGAGGGCAGAAUUAAAUUUCUUAAAAACGAGAGAAAGGAAGAAAAAACUACGCCCACACGAGGGAGCGCGAGACGCGAGACGCGAGACGCGAGACGCCAGAGAGAUGGGAAGAACCCUAACCGGCGGAUCGCAGCCCCUGCUUCCGCCUCCUCAUGCGUCGGUGCGCACGCGACACCGCGGAGGUCUCUUCACCGCGGCCGACCUGGCCGCGGCGGAGCUGCUGGUGCACCUCAGCGAGAGCAGCGCCGAGGCCGCUUCCACAGUCUCCUCCUCGGCCUCCUCCUCUUCCUCCUCCUCCUCUCCUCGAUCCGUCAACACGCGGCCGCCCGAUGCCUCCGUCCUCGGCAGAAUCGAUGACGAGGAGGAGAUGGGACCCUGGCGGAGGACGAAGCGGUACCGGCCGAUGACGGAUCUGUACGCCGCCACGAGACCCGUCGGCGGAGGCGGAGGCGGAGGCGGAGGCGGAGGAGAGGAGAGGCAGUCGAGUCCGCAUCGUCGACCGUGAUGCUAAUAAUAGUAAUAAUAAUAAAACUAAAAAUUAAAAAUAGUAAUACUAAAAUAGUAACAACUGUACAUAUCGUUUUAGGGUUUGUAGCAAAAAUAUAAAGCAAUGAUAUAGUUGUUGGAACUUAAUCUGCUGUUGGUGGUUUUUUAUUCUCUAUUUUAGA